ACAGUAAAGAGAGGAAUUUUACUGUGUGAAAAUCGACGUACAAGUUAGAGAGAAGAAUGAGUGGUUAUAGAUAUUACCAGAAAGCUUCAAAGGCUUAUUACAGCCAUCCUCAUCUGUCCAAGUUACUUGUUGUUUUUACCCUCAGUGGUGGUGGAGGGCUACUGGCUGUCUCGGACAACAGCCCGUUGAGCGCUGCAUAUGCUGAUGCGGGUCAGAGGGAUAUAACGAAGAAGAAAGUGGUGGUUCUGGGAACCGGUUGGGCCGGUACCAGUUUCCUCAAAAGUUUGACGCAUCCGUCGUACGAGGUUCAGGUGGUCUCUCCCAGAAACUACUUUGCUUUUACUCCUUUGCUGCCCAGCGUCACCAAUGGCACCGUUGAAGCCCGUAGCAUUGUCGAGCCCAUUCGGAAUAUUGUCAGAAAGAAAAAAUUUGAUGCUCAGUUUAGGGAAGCUGAAUGUUACAAGAUCGAUACGCAAAACAAGAAAGUACACUGCCGAAGCCAAAAAACCAAUUUAGGCGGGGUUGAAGAGUUCACCGUCGAUUAUGAUUAUCUCGUCAUAGCAAUGGGUGCUCGUUCAAAUACAUUCAAUACGCCUGGCGUCCUCGAGCAUGCACACUUUCUCAAGGAAAUAGAGGAUGCACAGAGAAUUCGGAGAACGGUAAUCGACUGUUUCGAGAGGGCUAGUCUGCCGAGCGUCAGCGAAGACGAAAGGAAGAGGAUUCUGCAUUUUGUCGUGGUGGGAGGUGGCCCGACCGGGGUGGAGUUUUCAGCAGAGCUUCACGACUUCGUCAACGAGGAUUUAGCCAAACUCUAUCCUACUCUCAAGAAACAUGUCAAGAUCACACUUCUUGAGGCCAGCGAUCACAUUUUGAACAUGUUUGACAAAAGGAUCACAGCAUUUGCUGAGCAGAAGUUCCAUAGGGAUGGCAUUAACUUGAAAGUUGGAUCAAUGGUUACCAAGGUAACGGCAACUGAAAUAUCCACUAAGGAAAUAGCCACUGGAGAGACGGUGAAUACACCAUAUGGGAUGGUGGUCUGGUCGACUGGGAUUGGAACUCGGCCUGUUGUAAUGGACUUCAUGAAGCAAAUUGGACAGACAAAUAGGCGAGUAUUAGCAACUGAUGAAUGGCUACGAGUGGAAGGAUCUGACUGCAUUUACGCUCUAGGUGAUUGCGCCACAAUAAAUCAACGUAAAGUCAUGGAAGACAUCUCGGUGAUCUUCAACAAGGCAGAUAAGAACAACACGGGGCGUCUCAAAGUCGACGAUUUCAAGGAAGUCAUCAACGACAUCUGCGAAAGAUAUCCCCAAGUGGAGAUCCACCUGAAGAAGAGGCAGCUUAAGGACUUUGUUCAUCUCAUGAAGCACUCACACGGGGACGACGAAUUCAAUAUUGAGAAAUUCAAGUCGUCGCUCUCUGAAGUGGAUUCCCAGAUGAAAAAUCUCCCCGCAACAGCACAGGUGGCUGCUCAACAAGGCACUUAUUUGGCCGACUGCUUCAACCGGAUGGAGAUCUGCGAGAAGUACCCUGAAGGCCCAUUGAGGUUCCGAGGGGCAGGAAGGCAUCGGUUCCGUCCAUUCAGGUACAAGCACUUUGGGCAGUUUGCUCCGUUGGGUGGAGAACAAACUGCAGCUCAGCUUCCUGGAGACUGGAUUUCAAUAGGUCAGAGCACACAGUGGUUGUGGUACUCUGUCUACGCCAGCAAGCUGGUCAGCUGGCGUACGAGGAUGCUGGUGAUCUCGGAUUGGGGGAGACGUUUCAUAUUUGGAAGGGACUCGAGUCGAAUUUGAGAAGAGAUGAUAAAUAUAUCGACGGAAAAAUAUCAAUUAAUAGUACAUUUUUUUGCAGAAAAACAUACAUAAAUUUCGUUACUAUUAUGGGCAACAUGCCUUUAUUUACUUCGCAAUAGGGAUUUUGUAGCACUCUUUAACAAUACUAUACAUAUAUUUUUCCUAAAUAUCACAUUUAAAGUAAACCUUAUUUUAAAUAUAUA